CUAUGCCAAUACUACAAGACCUGAGGACACCGCCCAAUACAUGAUGCUGAAUCUCAUCGAAGAUGUAAAAGGACUGUUUGAACGCCUAAACAACAACCACAGUAGGAAAGUGGUUCUGGUUGGUCACGACUGGGGAGGCAUGAUCAGCUUCUGCUUUGCGACGUUAUACGAAACUUUCAUUGACGGGAUGGUGAUCAUCAACGGCAUGCACCCAAUGGCAUUUGCAAAACAACUCUUUCGAAGCGUGAGGCAAAUGAGAAUGUCCUGGUACCAACUUCCAUUUCGACAUCCCGUUGUUCCCGAGCAGUAUUUGAUAAUGUGGGAUUUCCACUUCUUUGAUAAAGUGCACCGAGGUUUCACUAAAAACGAGACAGAAGCUCACAAGUACAUGUUUUCGAAGGAUGGUGCGCUGACCGGUGCCAUAAGCUACUACCGUGCCUUCAACAACGACAGCAAUCAACUACGGAAGCUGCCGUACAAAAAGAUUAACGUUACCACUCUGAUUCUGUGGGCAGAGGAAGAUGCCUUCAUUAUGUCUCCGAUUGCCAAGUAUAACCAAGAGUGGUUGAAAACGUCAGAAGUCGUGUACUACAGAGGGGCAGGCCACUGGCUACCCAGAGAAUGUUCCGCGCAGGUAACUGAGCGAAUUCGUGAAUUUGCAAACAAUAUCACGGCAGGGCGAACAGUGACAGAAGAAGUGAAACUAGAGCCGAUGCUGGGAACGUGUCAAGAAGCCAGCUUUCCAUCUCGCCGUGGAUGGCUGUCGAAACUGCUCCCGUGGCUUCCCCGUAAUGCCAACCUUCCCAAACAAAUGAGAGAAUAAAAAAAGACUGGCUUUACAGAUGUAAGCAUAUCUACGAAUGACCGCCGCAAUAGAGAAAUAAAAGUAACUUCGU